AACGCCGACCACACGAUGUCAUGUGGCGGUGGUGAAACCGGAAACUCCCUCUUCUCAACUGUCUUGAUACUCUCCUCCUACUAGACUGCUGCUACUUCUGAUUCGCAUGGCUUCACCUGCAGUUCCACCAACUUCAUUACCAACUCUAUUAAAGGAUCGCCAUACCCAGAGUCAUCGAACUCAGGGCUACUCAGCUUCAGUGACAAAACAUGGAAAGGGUUUAAACCGCGGGCAUCUCCGUAUUUAUGCUGUAGCAGCAGCAGCCGCAGCACAGGGUCCAAACCAGCGACGAAGGGCACCGCCUGGAGUUGACACAAGAAUCCACUGGGAGAACGAGGAUGAGGGAUGGAUAGGAGGUCCUAAAUCACAGCCAACACAAGAGCAGCUCAAAACCGACCAGAAUCUCUUAGGUCAAAACUUCUCCGACCUUCUAAACAGUUCAUCGGAUUCUCAUUAUCAGUUCUUAGGAGUAUCUGCAGAAGCAGACAUGGAGGAAAUUAAAGCUGCUUACAGGAGAUUAUCAAAGGAAUAUCAUCCAGACACGACAUCACUUCCUCUUAAAGCAGCAUCAGACCAAUUCAUGAAAUUAAGGGAAGUGUAUGACAUCUUAAGCAACGAGGAAAAGCGCAAGUUUUAUGAUUGGACACUUGCCCAGGAGGCAGCUAGUCGUGAAGCGGACAAAAUGAGAAAGAAGCUAGCAGACCCAUAUAUGCAAGACGUAGAUAAUUGGGAAUCCAUUCCAGACAUGGUAGAUCGUCUUGGAGGCAGAAACAUGGAACUGAGCGAUCAGGCAAAAUCAGCUUUGACCUUUGAUGUUUUGAUCAUUCUAUUCUCAAUUUGUUGUAUUGUAUACGCAUUGUUUUUCAAAGAAUACUAGAUCAAAUGAACUCUGCAGUCAAGUGUAUAAUACCAUUUGCUAGCAUUGAUGAUGAAAUCUCCCGGGCUGAAAGAACGAAAGAUAUGAUAUCAGAGACUC